AUGGCUGGAAAGCUUGAUACUUCUCUUGAUGAAAUCAUCAACACCACUCGCGCUCGUCGCCAGCGCCGUCGCGAGACACGAGUGAAAGCGGCGCCUGCUCCUGUAGGAGGAGUCAGGAAGUCUACCAGACAAGUCAAGCCUGUUUCCAAGGCCAUACCUACUGCACCUUCUCCCGCCUCCGGCGAAAGCAAAAUCAUCGUGAGCGGUUUGCCCUCCGAUGUCAAUGAAGCGAAUAUUAAGGAAUAUUUCCAUCAAUCCGCGGGUCCAGUCAAGAAAGUGAUGGUCACUUACAACCAGAACGGCACUAGCCGUGGCAUCGCUGCGAUUACUUUUGCACGACCAGAAACCGCGGCCAAGGCGGCCAAGGAACUCAACGGAUUGCUCAUCGACAAACGUCCGAUCAAGAUCGAAGUGGUGGUUGACGCGGCUCGGGCUCCAGCAGUUCCGCCGGUGCGGCCGCUGGGCGAGCGCGUAGCGCAACCGAAGUCGCAGCCCAAGCCGGCGGCGGCAGCGAAAGCGGGGAGACGUGACGCGCGCGGACGCACCCGACGUGGACGCAACGCCAGCCGGCCCAAGCCCAAGUCAGCGGCGGAGCUGGAUGCAGAGAUGGCAGACUACUUCGUGGACGCGACGGCGAAUGGCACUGCGGCGGGGGCGGGCAACAGCGCGCCGGCGGCGGCGACCGAAGACAUGGGCAUGGAUGAGAUUUCUGUAAGGCGACCGACGUUGUUUGUUGGAGAACUAGAUACUGACUGA